UUUCAAUUGGGUGGCCAACAACACGUGGGAAAACGUUUCGUUCGCACAUGGUCAAAAUCCGCUAUUGGGCACACGCCCUUCACACAUGUUGUACGUCCGUGCGGUUGUAAAUCCGAACAUUGCUCCAUGAUUGUGCAACGAAUAAUUUCAUUUUUACAGAAAACUGUUUCAGUGAAAGCAUUGGCUUUGCUUCGUCAUCGUGGCUCCAAGAUGGAGCAACUUCUGGUAAGGUGUGUGGAGGGAGAAGAAUUCAUGACACUCUCAUACAGUUACGGUGACAAACAGAGCAACAUGCUGCGCUCGAAAAUGGAAACUGCCGAGAAGUCCCUAUCGCGAUUAGAAAACAACGUCCGGAAACUGGGCAGGCCUAAGAAGAAGAAUAAAAAGAUGAAGUGCGAUCAAACGUCGGAUGCAGCAAGUCAGUCUACUGAAGAUGCCCCAAUACUUUGUUCUCUGUUUGUUAAUGGGAGCCAAGUUGGUUCCGAUGUCUUGAAUAAAGACGCAUGGGUCGACGGUGCCAUUUUACAUUUAGGCGUGGCAAAGUACCGCGUUUGUCGUAAUGUGCCUACAAUUGUGAGCAUAAAACUGCCAAACUGCAUUUUAGUAGGUUGUCCCAUUUACCCGCGGGUGGAGUUUGAGUUCACAAAGACUGAUGCCUGUACAUAUGCAUGGUAUCGAGAAGUUCGGCAAGAGUUGGGCGGAACACCGCAGAUAAGCAUCGGUCCAAGUAGGACGUUUUCGUUAUCGAAUGAUGGAGGUUCUUGCCCAUCUGUUCCCAUGGAAACCAAUGCAGCUGACACAGCGAUCCAGAUUCCCAUUGUGAUAAGCCCCUCCCUGACAUCGCAAAUCAAAGGAUAUCAAAAACAUUGGGUAGAAGUGUCCAAAGAAAAAGUGUACACACCUCAGGCUUCUGAACUGGGUGGCCAUUUGAAGUUGGUCUGUAUGCCGAGUGACGGGGAAAGAUUGGGGACCUCUAAGGAAGUUGUGACGGCUUGCGAUGUGAAGAUGGCACCAGAUGCUUUCCCAUUUGAGAGAAGACAUGAAUACACCAAAGAUAAAACAUCCAGUAACAGUUUCAGAGUUGUAAGCUACAAUAUUCUGGCAGACAUGUACGCCGACUCGGAUUUCUCGCGAGAUGUACUCUAUCCAUACUGCCCUAAAGACGUGCUGGAUAUCGACUACAGAGAGCAGCUUAUCCUGAAGGAACUCACAGGUUACAAUGCAGACAUUUUGUGUCUUCAGGAGGUGGGCAGGAAGCUAUUUGAAUGCUCCCUGGUUCCUUCUCUCAAGACAUCAGGCCUGGAUGGUCUCCUGCGAUGCAAACACGGCAACAUGGCAGAGGGAGAAGCUGUCUUCUACCGGACCGACAAAUUCAGGUUACUUGGCAGUCACGAUGUAGCAUUCUGUGAGGCAAUAGAGAAGGACCCAUUGCACAGAAAUAUCCUUGAGGCCGUCGUCCGUAGUGAGGCCAUGUUCAAGAGGUUUCUAGGCUUGGCUGCUAUCGUUCAGGUAGCAGUUCUUGAGCUCAUCUCCGAUCCGUCCAGAAGGCUGUGUGUUGCCAACACUCAUCUGUACUUCCAUCCCAGAGCUUCUCAUAUCCGCCUGAUCCAGACAGCGAUUGUCACGCAGCAUGUGGAGAGGGUCUGCUCAAUGUAUCAACAGGACGGUGGAGUCAGACCAGCUGUUCUUCUGUGUGGUGAUCUCAACAGCACACCUGGUGGCUGUGUGUAUGAGUUUCUUACCAAGGGAAGCGUGGCAGAGAACUCGGUGGAUUGGUAUACAAGUGGAAAAGACGAGUUUUGUGGAGGCAUGGCCCUGACACACUCCCUCAACCUCCAAGAUGCUUGUCAAGACAUCGCUUACAACCUCGUGGCCAGCUUCAGAGGUAAACUGGACCACAUCAUGAUUGAGAGAAACGAGAUGAACGUAGAACGCGUCGUUCCGAUGUCGACCCACGAGGAAGUGACGAGGCAUGUUGCUUUGCCUAACGCUGUGUUUCCAUCCGACCACUUGCCGCUGGUGUGUGAACUGGGUUGGAGAGAUACGUCUUGAUGUCAAACAUCCCGAUAUUGAAGCUUCCUCCUUUACUGUACUACAGUGCUGAGCAUCUUGUAUUCUGGCUGAUUGGUGAUGAGAUUGUUCAUUUUUUGAUAAACGCGUGGAAUUUGGCAAACAGUCAGAGUAUGCCAUGAGAAAGAUAUCUGGCUAUAGGGCCAUCGCAGAUUUGUCCUUUGAAA